UCCCUUCCCUGGGCUCUGAGCUGGAAGAAGCUGGAACAGCUGGGGAGGGGGAAGGAGGGAGGAAGAUUACAAAAUUGGAGGAGGAGUAUCUGGAGAGAGUAGGAAGAGCCCCGUCCAUGCUCUGCCCAGAUUUGCUUUUUGGCCUUGGCUGAGUCUUUCCCAUUCCGGCCUCGGUAUCCCCAUCUGUGCACAGAGGAGACUGGCCAAGGGCAAGUGAUCCUCAGACUCCAGAACCCCCUAGCUAGAGACUUUCUCCACCACAGAGGUGGGGGUUGGUAAAUCUUUAACUAGCUAGCCCUGGGCAGGCCCCAGACUUUCCGGAUGGAUGGCUGCCUGGGAAGAGGGGGAAGAGGGUGGGAGACGUUAAGGUGUGUAUAGCCAGUCCCAGUGUGGUGGAGAAGGGAGGGUACUGGGGAGGGAAAAGAACGAGACUUGGGCGGAGCUAACUCCGUGUGCAAAGCAGGACAUGGAGGAACGCGGGUCCCCCGACGGGGACCCCGCGCGGAAUCUGGAGCAGGGGCCAGAAGGGCCAGAGAAGCCGGAAACGCCCAUCCAGGUGGUGCUCAGGGUGCGUCCCAUGAGUGCGGCUGAGCUGCGUCGAGGGGAGCAGAGCGCGCUGCACUGCUCAGGGACUCGGACUCUGCAGGUGAGCCCCCCCGGCGGGGGCCCAGACGUGGCGUUCCGCUUCGGCGCCGUACUGGACGGGGCCCGCACGCAGGAGGACGUGUUCCGGGCGUGCGGCGUGCGGCGCCUGGGCGAGCUGGCGCUGCGCGGCUUCUCCUGCACCGUCUUCACUUUUGGCCAGACCGGCUCCGGAAAGACCUACACCCUGACCGGACCUCCUCCCCAGGGGGAAGGGGUGCCUGUACCCCCCAGCCUGGCUGGCAUCAUGCAAAGGACCUUCGCCUGGCUGUUAGACCGCGUGCAACACCUGGGUGCCCCUGUCACUCUCCAUGCCUCCUAUCUGGAGAUCUACAAUGAGCAGGUUCGAGACUUGCUGAGCCUGGGGUCUCUUCGGCCCCUCCCUGUUCGCUGGAACAAGACGCGGGGCUUCUAUGUGGAGCAGCUACGCGUGGUGGAGUUUGGGAGUCUGGGGACUCUGAUGGAACUUCUGCAAAUGGGUCUUAGCCGUCGAAGGAGCUCAGCUCACACCCUGAACCAGGCCUCCAGCCGAAGCCAUGCCCUGCUCACGCUCUACAUCAGCCACCAAACUCAGAUGCCUCCUGUGGAGCCCGGGGGACCCCCUACAGGUGGGAAGCUGUGUUUUGUGGACCUGGCCGGCAGUGAGAAGGUGACGGCCACAGGAUCCCAUGGGGAACUGAUGCUUGAGGCUAACAGCAUCAACCGCAGCCUACUGGCCCUGGGUCACUGCAUCUCCCUGCUGCUGGACCCCCAGCGGAAGCAGAGCCACAUCCCCUUCCGGGACAGCAAGCUCACCAAGCUGCUGGCGGAUUCACUGGGGGGGCGCGGGGUCACCCUCAUGGUGGCCUGCGUGUCCCCCUCAGCCCAGUGCCUUCCUGAGACUCUCAGCACCCUGCGGUAUGCAAGCCGAGCUCAGCGAGUCACCACUCGGCCCCAGGCCCCCAAGUCCCCUGUGGCAAAGCCACCCCGGCAUUUGGAGCCUGAGCUAUUGCAGCUCCAGGAGGAGAACCGUCUCCUGCGGUCUCAGUUGCGUCAAAUGGACCCCAAGGCCUCUGGGCUCAGUGGGGCCCGGGUGGCCUGGGCCCAGCGGAACCUCUACGGGAUGUUACAGGAGUUCAUGCUGGAGAAUGAGAGGCUCAGGAAAGAAAAGAGCCAGCUGCAGAGCAGCUGGGACCUGGCCUGUGAUGAGCAGCGCAUCCUGGCCCAGCAGGUCCAGGACCUGGAGCGGCGCCUCUUCUCUGCCUGCUACCUUCACCAGUCAGGCCCUGGCCCAGCCCCACCGUGUCCCUGUGUGAUGGCACCACUUCCCCUCUGCCAUGCCCUGCCAUCCCUCUGCUCCUGCCCCUGCUGCCACCUCUGUCCCCUGUGCCGAGCACCACUGGCCCACUGGGCCUGCCCACGGAGGGAGCUCCACCUGCCCCAGGUGUUUGGCCCUCAGGCCCCAGGUGAUGUGCCCCUGUCUGCCCGGCGUCCACCAUGGGCGCCCCCACGCAGCCCUGGCUCUGCCAACUACUUGAGAGAGAGGAGUCACAGCCACUGGACUCAGACCCAAGUCCUGGCAGAGGUGCUGACCAAGGAAGAGGUGGUACCCUCUGCACCCCCCAUGCCCAUGGGGCCCCCCAACACGUCGCCAGUGCUGAGAGGUGGGGCCACAGUUCCAAACCUGGCCCGGAGACUGGAGGCCCUCAGAGACCAAAUCGGCAGCUCCCUGAGACGUGGCCGGAGCCAGCCACCCCCCAGUGAGGGCACACGGAGCCCUAGCCGAGUCCUCCCUCCCUGCUGAGGGCAAGUUGGGGGACGCAGGAGACCACCAUGUGACCGUGGACUGGGCUCUGCUCUCCUGGGCUUCAGUGUCCCCGUCUGUUAAAUGGGGUUGCAGCUGCUGCUCCAGUCUGCACCUGGGCUGGGCAGAGGACAUUUCCUGAGGGAUAGAGGUGGGGGCUGGUGGGACAAUUUGAGGGAGCAAAGGGAGGGUGCCACCCCGGACUAGGAGAAAUGAGACUGGAUUCAGGGGAAACCAGGCAGCCAGUGAUGAAAUAUACAAAUAAAGAGAAGCAUCAUCUCCA